GGAAUUGAGGGAGCUUCACGCUUCUAGCUGUCAUGAUUCCAAGAUUCUACGACAUGUGGGAGAGGAUCCUAAGGUUCGGGGAACCGCGGAGGUUUCGGGGUUCUAGAAAUCCGAGGUUCUAAGCCUAGGUGCUCCAAUAAACCCAGUGAGAGCCAGCCCAGGUUUCCGGUCUGUACUCGCUGGUGCAAGCCCAGAGACAAGCAGGCGCCACCCAUGAGCCCCUCUGCAGCCCCCUCCCGGGUCCCACCUCGCAGGCCAGCUGGAGGGCGCGAUCCUGGCGUCCCCCGACGGCCUGGGGCCCCAAUCCAGAGGCCUGGGUGGGAGGGGACCAAGGGUGUAGUAAGGAAGCGCCUUUUGCUGGAGGGCAACGGACCGGGGCGGGGAGUCGGGAGACCAGAGUGGGAGGAAGGCGGGGAGUCCAGGUUCCGCCCCGGAGCCGACUUCCUCCUGGUCGGCGGCUGCAGCGGGGUGAGCGGCGGCAGCGGCCGGGGAUCCUGGAGCCAUGGGGCGCGCGCGCGACGCCAUCCUGGAUGCGCUGGAGAACCUGACCGCCGAGGAGCUCAAGAAGUUCAAGCUGAAGCUGCUGUCGGUGCCGCUGCGCGAGGGCUACGGGCGCAUCCCGCGGGGCGCGCUGCUGUCCAUGGACGCCUUGGACCUCACCGACAAGCUGGUUAGCUUCUACCUGGAGACCUACGGCGCCGAGCUCACCGCUAACGUGCUGCGCGACAUGGGCCUGCAGGAGAUGGCCGGGCAGCUGCAGGCGGCCACGCACCAGGGCUCUGGAGCCGAGCCAGCUGGGAUCCAGGCCCCUCCUCAGUCGGCAGCCAAGCCAGGCCUGCACUUUAUAGACCAGCACCGGGCUGCGCUUAUCGCGAGGGUCACAAACGUUGAGUGGCUGCUGGAUGCCCUGUACGGGAAGGUCCUGACGGAUGAGCAGUACCAGGCAGUGCGGGCCGAGCCCACCAACCCAAGCAAGAUGCGGAAGCUCUUCAGUUUCACACCAGCCUGGAACUGGACCUGCAAGGACUUGCUCCUCCAGGCCCUAAGGGAGUCCCAGUCCUACCUGGUGGAGGACCUGGAGCAGAGCUGAGGCUCCUUCCCAGCAACACUCCGGUCAGCCCCUGGCAAUCCCACCAAAUCAUCCUGAAUCUGAUCUUUUUAUACACAAUAUACGAAAAGCCAGCUUGAA